UUGUACUUCGCUUUCCUUUGCCCACUCUCUUUCUACAACAAACAUGGCCGCUAAAUCGGAUGGAGCAGCCCUGUGUGUGAGCGAGAACGAAAGCGCUUCGCGUUGUCUGGUUGGCCCGGAGCAGAGCGCGGCUCCACUGCAGCCUUGCGCCGACAAGCGCUUCACGCUGCUGGACUGCUGCUGGGUGCUGUGCGCCCUCCUGGUCUUCUUCUCCGACGGAGCCACCGACCUGUGGCUAGCAGCGGACUACUACUUGAGGCGGGACUAUUGGUGGUUCGGGCUUACGUUAGUAUUCGUGGUGGUUCCCUCCGUGGUGGUUCAGGUGUUGAGUUUCAGGUGGUUCGUCUAUGAUUACUCGGAGCCGAGCGCGUCCCCGGGCGGGGAUGGAUGCAGUUUCAGCACCAAGGGCAGCGACCAGCGGAGCUGCGGCAGCGCGGCAGGAGCGCGAACGGUGCCUGCGAAUGGCACGCAGAAAUGCUGCAGAGUGUGCAUGUGGAUCUUCCAGUCCAUCAUUCACAUCUUGCAGAUGGGCCAGGUCUGGAGGUACGUCCAUACCUUGUACUUGGGAGUGCAGAACCGUUGGCAUGGCGAACUGGGUCAGUGUCAUUUCUACUGGCGUCUGAAGUUCGAGAGCGCUGACAUCAACAUGCUGCGGUUGCUGGAGGCGUUUCUGAAGAGCGCACCUCAACUCGUGCUGCAGCUCAGCAUCAUGAUCCACAGCAACCACAUACUGCCCCUGCAGGGUCUCUCUGCAUCUGCAUCAUUGGUUUCUCUUGCCUGGAUGAUUGCCUCUUAUCAGAAGGUUCUGCGAGACUCCCGAGAUGAUAAGCUCCCCAUGUCCUACAAGGCUGUGAUUGUCCAGAUGCUCUGGCACCUCUUCACCAUCGGUGCUCGAACCAUCGCCUUCGCCCUCUUUGCUUCAGUCUUCCAACUCUACUUCGGGAUCUUCAUUGUGGCCCACUGGUGCGCCAUGACCUUCUGGAUCAUCCAGGGCGAGACCGACUUCUGCAUGUCCAAGUGGGAGGAGAUCAUCUACAACAUGGUGGUGGGUAUCAUCUACAUCUUUUGCUGGUUCAAUGUCAAGGAAGGACGUGCCCGCUUUCGACUGGGCGUCUACUACUGCGUGACCUUGAUUGAGAACGUUGGACUCACCGCAGCAUGGUACAUCCACAGAGGACCGCACACCUCGGACUUCUACGCCUUGAUUAUCGUGUGCGUGGUGGUGUGUAGCUAUGCACUGGGAACAUUCUUUAUGUUUGUGUAUUAUUGCUUGCUCCACCCAGACGGGCCCAUCCUGGGCACUCAGUGGAGCUGUGUAGAGGAGGGAAUGGGGGUUAUCGGGCUAGGGGGCAUUGGGGAUUUGGGUACACCUCUGCCCCAGCAAGAUGUGGUCACCAGUCCUCCCAGAACCCUCCAGAGGACUACAGGUGGGGAUCGGGAAAUUGGGUCGGGGGAUAGAGACAGCUGCUUACCUGUAUUUCAGGUGAGGCCUCCUAGUGUGCCCCCAGCUCCCUCCUCUCAUCCCCCAAGGACUGAGGGUCCCGUUAUUCGCAUCGACCUGCCAAGAAAAAGGUACCCGGCCUGGGAUGCCCACUUUAUUGACCGUAGGCUGAGGAAGACCAUCCUGGUGCUGGAGAAUACGUCUCCUGUGACGCCUCGCAUCCAGUACUACAGCUUCAGCAACCCCAAAGAAGUGAUGGAGUAUGAGACUACAGUGUAGUGUUGCUCAUACCUCCCUCCACCAGGGGCUCCACCUUCCAAGUGACAUCUCUAUGCAGAGAAGAUGCCAAGACGGGACAUUCCGAUCAUUGAUGGUCGGCAUGGUGCUACACAGUGGGACCUCUGCAUGUUUGGCAUCAGGAAACAUCUGUUGCCAGGGAAUGAUGGACUGGUCUGAGAGGUACUCUAAGCAGGCAGGAACAUGAACGUGCCAUUUAAACGUCAAAUGAAUUGACCUGCAUGGGAAGUGACGAAAGGGACAUACCUUUCUACCAAACAUUAAUAGAGAUGCACUGAACAUAAAUAGAGAGAAUUUAAAUGACAGUGAUGCUUGUGAUGAGCAACAAGAGGAAGUGGGCAUAUGUAAAAUAUAGAUGAACUGACCAAUCAGUAUUCUUCAGGACCACCCUGACUGCUGUAUUGGUCUAAGUCUCUUUAAUGUUUCAGUGACCUGAAAAAAGUACAAAUUGUGUAUUAUAUGCUUCUGUGAAUGGUGAGGUUAGCAAGUUCAGUCAGUCAUCUGUUUCCUCAAAAGAGUUCUUCUGUAAUUAUUGACUUAUUUAUUUAUUAGAUUUAUUUUUAUGACUCUGUGGCCAUGUCUUUGAUAUAACUCUUCUAAUUGAACAUUCAUAUAUAGAUAUUAUCUUUUGUUAUAUAUAAUAGAACGGUUGCCAGUGUGUCGGUUUGAAUGUUAAUGGGUUGUCUGUACGUUUGACUGGUCUUGGAUCAUGCUGCAUUGUUUAUCUGUAAAGAUAAAUGAAAAAAAAAAAAAAAAGUAAUAUAAUAAGACAAAAAGCUGUGAUCAAACUUUGGUUGGAAAAAAUUAUGUUGUAAAAAAAUAUUCAGAUGACAGCCUCGGAAAAGUAAAACAAUUGAAUUUGUGUGUGUUUGGGAGCUUAAUGAAAACAAUAGUAAUUUUUCAAAACUUGUCAAUGCUUUUAAGAGAAAGGACCUGUUUGUUUUGCCAUGUAAGUGAUAAUUUUAUUCAAAACAGUGGUUUUUUUGACACAGAGAAGAUCCAAAUGAUUGGCAGAGUGAAUUCUAAUCAGAUGUGUGAACUGAUGUCUCUUUCUUAAGAGUCAUGGGUUGCUCCAUCCGCAAGCCUCAAAAUCCUUUUACAUGUGUUCAUUUCACCCAUUAUUUUGUUAUUUGGUAGGGGGAAGACGAUUGCUGUGGUUAUGGGGAGUUUGGGUUCUAAUGUUUUUGGGGCUUUGUGGUUUGGCAAUUGUGAAUGUUCCUUUUAAGCCAUGUAAAGCUGCACUUGAGGAACGCUGGGGAUGAAAAUACAGUAUGUGUGAGAGUACUUAUCUUGAAAAAGAGAGACUUUUUUGUCACCUCAUAAAAUUUUAAGACCACUUUUUUUUUGACUGCUCAUCCUUCUUAGCUCUUUUCUAGUGCUUUUUUGAGUUAGAACAAUUGUAAAGAAAUCACAUCACUUACAAAACUAUCACAACACAUCAGCUGUCUCUCUCUCUCUCUCUCUGUGAGGUCUUUUGGAGUCGUGCUGCUUUGAAAUUCCAGUGCCCGGUUAAAAAGCAAGCAAUGAAAUUCACAUAUAUCCAGAGAUGUGGUGGGUAAUUGUCAGUGGCAGGAAUCCUGUUGUCCAAUACAAAGACUCUGAUGGAGUAGCAAAUGAUGCUCCACAGCUGUAAUUAUGCUGCACUCUGAGGGGGUGUUCACACAGGAUGCGUUCUUGCAUUAUUUUGUGCUAUUUUUAAAUUGUCAGUCUACGUACACAUACAUAAGCAGACAUGUUUGGCCGUUGGAAGUUUUUUAUGUUUUUUAUUUAUUUAUUUUUUGCAACGUCUUGUGCCAUGAUUGUCAUUUUCUAAGAGGGAGCAUUCACACAGGAUUCGUCUUAUGUCCAUCUAUGCUAUUGGUCUAUAUGAACAUGCACUAGAUGGGCUUUGAUCAUUGGGCCUCAAUGUUUUUCUAGCAUCUCUUGACAUGAUCACUGAUUUUUUAAACAGUAUA